AUGCUUCCCGACAGAGAUAAAUUAAUCCUCAACACACUGAUUACAUUGAUCGGUCUGGUGGGUUUCGUGGGCAACCUGCUCAUCCUGCGCAGCCUGAUCAUGUACAAGAACAUGCGGAUCACCCACCAUGUGGUCAUCGGUGGACUGGCAUUGGCCAGUAUUCUUUACAUCAUCUUUGAGAUCCCACAAAAUAUUGUCAACUUUACAGACACACAUUGGAACAUCAGCAACCUCUGGUGCAACAUUACCAACUACAUGGCCUACUGCAGCCUGGCUGUUGUCGCCUUCCAUCUCGUUGUGCUGACAAUUCUAAAUGCUCUGAUCCUCACUAACCGUCCCAACGCAAAAAUCACAGGCAAGCACGGUCUAAUCAUUGUUAUCUUUCUCUUUCUCUUGAUCUACAUCACUGGCAUCCCAUUAGCCUUUGCUUACAAAGUUGACCAGAAUCUGGAACGCUGUGUCUUCAAGCCUCAUUUAGAUGCCCGGAUGAUGAUGAUUCUCACUAUCUCAGUCUGCUACAUUGUUCCACUGAGCAUUACACUUGUUACAUAUGUUAUUCUUCAUUAUAUCACCAAACGGUUCUUUGAAGACAGCAUCCCAAUGGACAAGCGUCGACUGUCACAGCUUGUCCUUGGGCUGGUCAUGGCAUAUUUCAUGUGCCAGUUGCCCUACCAUGCUGUGUUCCUUCACAUCCUAUUUAAUCUGGGGCCGGAGACAGAGCCAAUUGAACAAGAAAUGUGGCUCCGGAUCAUGUCAUAUUUCCUGUGUCUUGCUCAGCUUAGGCAAUUGGGGCUUGUAUCUUCAUCUUUGUCUUUUCUUUGUUUCUUUUUCUGUUUUUUUUUUCAUUUUUUUGUUUUAUAUAUUAUUACUUCUGUGGUUUUUUUCUAUGUUAUUUUACUCUUACAUUUUUUACUUUUUUAUCUUUUUCUUUUUUUUUACUCUUUUUUUUAUCCUUUUUACUCUUUUUCUUUAUUUGAUUCUUUUUCUUUUUUUACUCUUUUUCUUUUUUCUUUUUUUUCUUUUUUACUCUUUUUCUUUUUUUUACUUUUUUUCUUUUUUUACUCUUUUUCUUUUUUCUUUUUUUUUCUUUUUUACUCUUUUUCUUUUUUUUAUUCUUUUGCUUUUUUUACUCUUUUUUUUUUUUACUCUUUUUCUUUUUUUUACUCUUUUACUUUUUUUACUCUUUUUCUUUUAUACUCUUUUUCUUUUCUAUUCUUUUUCUUUUUUUACUCUUUUUCUUUUUUACUCUUUUACUUUUUUAAUAUUUUAAUUUUUUUACUGCAUUUUCUAUUUUUAUUUUUUUUUCAUUUUCUUUUAUCUCUCUUCUUUUUCUGUUUCAUUUUUUCUUUUUCUUUUUUCUUUUUCUUUCUUUUAGCAAUUCCUUCUUUUUUUUCUAUUUCCAUUUUUCUGUUUUUCUGCUUUUCUUUUUCUCUUUCCUUUUUUUAUUGUUUUAUUUUCUGUUUUCUUUUUUUUAAGCCUUAUCAGGUUUUUCUUUUUCGUCCUUUUCCAUUCCUUCUUUUUCUAUUUUCUUUUUCUGUUAUCUUUUUGCUGCUUUUCUUUUUUUGUUUGUUUAUUUCUGUUUUUUUGUUUCUAUUUUCUUCUCUGUUUAUUAAUUUAUUUUAA